GCGACGUUUUGUCCGGCCUUCGAACGCCAGGCCGGGCGGAACUUGUUGAUUCUGUCCGGGGGGGAAAGUGUUCGACAACACCCCAACUAAACAACAAAAAGAGAGUUCAAACCGGCUGAAACGUCGAAAGUUUGGGGAGUUGUUUUGGUUUUGUUUGUUUUUAAAGUGAAUUGUGUGUUUGAAGAAGUGGAGGAGUUUGAAAAAAUGUUACCUGACAGGAUCCUGGCUCGUUUGGUGACGCGCGAACAGCCUCAGACAUGGAUUUCAAAGUGGUGUUUACAUCCUUGGAGGAAACGUGUGAGGAGAACAUCGCUGCUUUUUCUGAACUCACGGAUCUUCAACACCGCGAUGUUUCCCAGCGCUUGGUGGAGUGCAUGAAAGAGAUUCAGGAGCACAGUCGAGCCCUGGAGCCCAUGGUCGCCAGCUUCACGGCCGUCUUCCACCAUUAUGACUUUGACGAACAAACGCCAGGAAAUGGCUAUCGCUCCUUGAUCAAGGUCUUAAUGGCCUGCCUGGUCCACAUCAUCCAAAAGUCUCGCUACAUCGCCUCAAACCACAAGAGCACCUUCUUCAGGGCGGACCACAACGUGUCAGAGAUGGAGGCCUACUGCAGCGCUUUGUGCCAGCUGCGGGCUCUCAUCUACCUGGCCAAGCGCCUCAUCAACGACAACGACUUGGGCCAGCUGUAUUCCCUGCAAGACUGCGACCUGAGCCACAAGUUUGUGCAGGAGUACAGUUCCAUGCACAAGGCCUGUUUCUACGGCCGAUGUCUGGGCUUCCAGUUCUCGCCAAGUCUUCGUCCGUUCCUCCAGACUGUUGUCAUAAGCAUGGUCUCGUACGGUGAGGCUUAUGGCAAAAAGCAAUCAGGGCUGGGUUUGGCAGCCCUCUCUCUCCUCACAUCGGGAAAGUAUGUCAUCGAUCCGGAGCUGCGCGGUGCCGAGUUUGAACGCAUCACUCAAAACCUGGACAUGCAGUUCUGGAAGUCCUUCUGGAACAUCACAGAGUCCGAGUUUGUAACAGUAGGCAGGGGUUUCAGCAGAAUAGCCUCUUACACCGUUCAGGUGAACUUGUCCUUGACGCUGCCUCCCGUCCCUUUGAGCCUCCCCCUGGUUGCCGACCCCAGUCGGUUUGCUAACGUGACCCCUCCACUGGCGCACUGGGGGCCCGGGCCAGUCGACAUGCGUCUGAUAUCCUACGUCAUUCGAGAAGGACAGCACAGUGAGGAGCUGCUGUCUCUCUUAAGCGUUGGUUCUCCCCCUGUCUCUACUUACCGCGCCCCGUGGGCACGCCACCAACCUCCAUCCCCUUGGCUGCUCAUCCACUUCCACGGAGGCGGCUUUGUGGCGCAGACAUCCAGAUCGCACGAGAAUUAUCUGCGGAGCUGGUCGAAGGAGUUGAAUGUUCCCAUUCUCUCUGUGGACUACUCGCUGUCUCCUGAAGCACCUUUUCCCAGAGCUCUGGAGGAAUGUUUCUACGCGUACUGCUGGGCCUUGAAAAACUGCCACCUGCUUGGUUCCACAGCAGAGCGGGUGUGUCUGGCAGGCGACAGCGCCGGGGGCAACCUCUGCAUCACCGUGUCCAUGAAGGCCAUGACGUGCGGCAUCCGUGUCCCCGACGGCCUCAUGAUCGCCUACCCCGCCACCCUGCUCACCAUAGACGCCUCGCCCUCCCGCCUGCUCACACUCAUCGACCCGCUGUUGCCUUUGGGUGUGCUUGCCAAGUGCCUGGACGCCUAUACGGGCGUGGAAUCUCGGACCGUGCAGGCCGCCGUGGGAGACAACAGUCUGAGCGCUCUGGGCAGAGACACCACCGCCGUGCUCAACGACCUCACCCAGGGUGCCGCCAACUGGCUCCAGUCCUUGCUGGACCCCAUGCAGCCCUCGGGCAUCACCCCCUUGCGGUCGGCAAGGCGCAAAGAGUCCGCACGCAGGACCUUGAACCACACGUCGCCGGCCCACUCCCAAACCUACGUGGAGUACCCCGAUGGCUUUGAGCCUCUGCGCUCUCAAUGCCACGCCUUCGUCCAGCCCAUAUCCUGUCCCAUCAUCAGGAACCCCUUCGUGUCGCCGCUGCUGGCUCCCGAAAGCCUGCUGCGAGGCCUGCCGCCUGUACACAUCGUGGCGUCUGCUCUGGACGCCCUAUUGGACGAUUCUGUGAUGUUCGCCAAGAAGCUGCGCGACAUGGGCCAGCCCGUCAGCCUCACGGUGGUGGAGGACCUGCCCCACGGCUUCCUCAGCCUCUCGCAGCUCUCCAAGGAGACCGAGUACGCCACGGAAAUCUGCCUGGGCAAAAUGAGGGAGGUUUUUGAUCCAGAAGGCCGGAAAACCGACGCCGAGAAGGGCGAGAACGAGGAGAAGGAGGAGAAGGGUGAGAACGAGGAGAAGGAGGAGAAGGGUGAGAACGAGGAGAAGGGUGAGAAGGGUGAGAAGGAGGAGAAUGAGAGUCCGCCGGAGGAUCCUCCAACAGCUCUGUAAUUUUACCUAUCAGAUUUUUUAACUUUUUUGCGGUGGGUUUUUAUUUGGGGGGGGGAAAGAAUAUAGUAAUAUACAUUUAUUCCAAUGUAUUCUGGUAGAGUGAAUGAAAAAGAGAAACUUCACCUUUUAGGUAUUUGGGAUGAAAAAUGCACUGAAAGCAUUGCAGGCUGACUUAAGUUCUGUGCCAAAGUUGCACUUUGUUGGAAUUGUUGUGCCUUCAAGCUGUCUGGAGAAGACACCAUCUUUCUUAAUGGUUUACACACACACACACGCACGCACACACACACACACACACGCACACACACACCAAACAGUUUACAGGUUAACUGUUUCAUUAUAUGAAUAUUUGAAUAAGCUGGUUUACAACAUUAAAGGGAGUUAUUCUACCUUGAAUUGGUAUACUGUAAAUAUCUAUAUUUAUUAAUCGAUCAAUGUUGUAUUGAAUGAUCUAUUUUAAAAAGAAAAAUGCAACAGUAA